CUGUAAUUACUUUAACACCUUCCUAUAGCAGAUUGACGGCUGGGUAGGAUGCUCCUCCUUCUGAGUGGAUGUCAUAUGACGUCCUGUCAGAAGGCGACAGCCGCGCAGCGGCACGAUCUGUCACCUGUUGUGUCAACGGGACACAGCCGAUGACAGAUCACUAUACCGGCCCACUGCCAGUGUCAUGUGAUCGCUAUGACCAAUCACAGCAGAUCACAUGACAGUUGUAUACAAUGGAUCGCUUCGUUUCAUGCCAUCCAUUGUAUGCAAUUGUGUUCUUAGCUGUGAUUGGUCACAGCCGUCACAUGGUACAGACAGGGCCAAUCACAGCCCAUCUGUACCAUGUGAUGAGCUUUGGCCAAUCACAACAAAUGACACUGAAUGAAUCA